AGGAUCAAAGUAGGUAGAUAUUUGCAGUUUUAGAUUGUUUAUAUGUUUGGCAAUUUUCAUUGAUUUCGGCAUAGCUGGGCAUAACACCUUUACUCGUAAACUAAGUAUCUAAUAUUUGCCAAAAUUAAAAAAAAAAACUAAAAUGUGCAGGCUGCGUCGUGAUAAACACGUUCUGACAAGUCCGUUCGGCGAUCACCGCACACGGGAAGCGACCACAAAUGCGGCGAAAUUAUGUACUUAAGUCAAUCAGUACGUGAGAAAGUGAGACAAACAGUGUUUUGUGUCUAAAUUAUUUAUUUUAAUAAUUAAAUUAUUAGAGAAUUAUUUAUUUUAUUUAGGUAAGUAUUUUUAAUUGGGAAAUAUCGUUGUAAAAUGUUUUUUGAUAAAUUAUAUUUCAUUAUGCACAGCUUCUCGUAUGUAUUUACUUAGGUAUACGUUGACAUAGUAAAUAAUUGCAAAACUUGUCAUCUGCUGUUUUGGAUACCUAAAUAAUAAUUUAAAAAAUUUUUUAUUACAGCUUCACCGCAAGCAUGGCACCUACAAAAAAAAGGGGAAGAACUGAAGAAGAGCAUCGAGAAUUCAAUCGGGAUUGGACGGAGUCGUUCGCUUUCAUAUGCAACUCAGAUGGCCUUUCGAUUUGUCUCAUUUGCUACGAAAAACUUGCACACAAUAAGAAAUCAAAUUUAGAGAGACACUUCACUAAAAAAACAUACUCAGUUUGCUAGUAAAUAUCCAGCCGGCAAAGAACGAAAAAAAGCUGUCGACAAGCUCCAAAAACAAAAACAGCAAUCAAGUUCCAUGUUAAAUAACUGGACGCAAUCUACAAGUAAUGUUAAUCUGGCAAGCUUCGCGGUGUCACUAGAAAUUGCAAAAAAAGGCAAACCAUUCACAGAUGGUGGAAGAUAUUCAACUUUCUUUUGCCUUAUCACUUGCUAUUGAUGAGUUUUGCGACAUAAAAGACACGGCACAAGUUGCCCUUUUUGUCAGGUAUAUGUCUUCCCAAGGUCCAAAAGAAGAACUUCUAGGAUUGCUACCGCUCUCGGGACAAACUAGAGAAGAUAUAGCGAAUGCCGUGAAAAAAUGCCUUGAAAACAAUAAAAUCGAUUUAAAUAAAAUUGUUUCAAUAGCAACUGAUAGAGCUAGAUGUAUGACAGGAAAAAAUAAAAGGGCAACAACGAUUCUUCAGAGCAAAAUAACCACGAAAUUCUUACGUUUCACUGCAUAAUACACCAAGAAGCGCUUUGUGCCCAAACAUUUCCGGCCAAAAUAGUUGAGGUCAUGAAUUUGCUAAUCAAGAUUGUUAACAGCAUCUUGUCAAAAGCACUCUACCAUCGUCAGUUUAAAGAAUUCUUAAACAAAAUGGAGGCUCAGUAUUCUGACCUCCUUCUUCACAAUAAAGUGCGAUGGCUUUCCAAAGAAGAUAUUCAGAGCGGUAAAUUACUUCAUUUUCAAUUUCUAAAGCAAUAUCGCGAUAAAACCAGUGCAACUGUUGACACGAAUUACUUCAGCACAAUUAUAAAAAAAAUUAAAGAUGAAUUUGCUGACAGAUUUGAGCAAUUUAAAACCAACAAAACCACUGUAGCAUUCAUAGUAAAUCCUCUCAACACAAAUAGUAACGAAAUCCACAUUGAGCCAUUUGAAAUUGAUACUGGAUCUCUAGAAAUGCAAUUGAUCAAUUUAAAAAGUAAAGCUUGUGGAGUGGAAAAUUUACAGAGUUGAAAAGCAAGUUGGAAGAGUUGGAGGUCCAGAAAUGUAUGUACGUAACGCAACAAAAGUGGACAGCUUUAAAAAAAAUGCCGCGAGUUGAAGCACUUAUAUUCGACGCAUGGAAUAGUCUUUCAGAUUGCUACAGUGAAGUGAAAAAGUUGGCAUUUGGAGUGCUGACUAUCUUCGGAUCGACAUAUUUGUGCGAGCAAGCGUUCUCUUGCAUAAAUAUAAUUAAAAGUAAAGUAAGAAGUCAACUAAAAAAUAAAAAUUUUGAGUCGUGUUUGAAACUUAAAACAACAAGUUAUGAGCCAAAUUUAUCCAAACUUUCUAAAACCAUGCAAAGCCAACGCUUCCAUUGAAUUUGUUUGCUCAAAUGUAUGUUAUUGUUUUUUUUAUUUUAAGUACAAG